AUGCCGACACAACAAUUCUCCGCACCCGGCCAAGCGGUCGAGGAGGCCAAGGCAGGUGGUCACCAUGCCCACGGCACACACAACUACCCGGACCCGCUCACGCACAUCGAUCGGACCUCGUGGGAUGUCACCAUCGUCGGUGCCGGUCCUGCCGGUCUGAUGCUCGCCACGUCUCUGGCUCGGUUUGGUGGUUUCGACGUGCUGGUCAUCGACGAGCGUUCCGAGCCCACCACAGCAGGCCGCGCAGAUGGGAUCCAGCCCCGGACCAUCGAGGUUCUCCGCAACAUGGAACCCCUUGGUUCCGAGUUCUACGACCGCAGUGCACCAUCGUUCGAGCGAACCUUCUGGGAUCCUCGUUCGGAUGGCCAGCGCGGCAUCGAGCGCACCCGUCGCGUGCAGUCUUUCCCUACCGACAUGGAGAUCCAGGACAACUGCACGCUCGGUCUGCAGCAGGGUCUGAUCGAGGGUGGCUUCCUCAGGGAUAUGGAGCGCCACGGACAGCGUGUCACCCGCCCUUGGGCGUAUCAGGACUUCGAGAUGACCGAUGAUGCGACAUAUCCCGUCAAGGUCACUCUGGAAAAGAUGAAGCCCGUCACCGAGUCGACCAACGAAGGCGGCGCGCCCAUCAGCAUCAUCAAGCCCACGGGCGAGACCAAGACGAUCCGCACCAAGUACCUCGUCGGCUGCGACGGUGGUCGAUCCAAGCUGCGCAAGACGCUCGAGGAACGUCACGAGUUCACCUUCAACGGCGACUGGGUGGACACGCUCUGGGCUGCGCUCGACUGUGUCGUCGAGACCAACUUCCCCGAUGUUCGCAAGAUCGCCGCGAUCCACUCCAAGAAUCACGGCGCGCUCUACAUCUUCCCUCGCGAGAACAACGAGAAGGGCGAGCCCAUCAUCCGUUGCUACACACAGGUCAACCGCCUCGGGGGCGAGAAGAGCAAGGAAUCGGCGCUGGAUGCGCGUGACAAGGUCACCGCAGAGAUGGUGAUGAAGGCCAUCCAGGAGAUUGCGCACCCGUACCACUUCGACUUUAAGGGUGUCGAGUGGUUCACCUGCUAUCCUAUCGGUCAACGUCUGAUUUCGAGAUACUCGCUGCCCGCGGGCAACACCGCCAACGGUGUCUCGUUCCCCGGCCACCGUGUGCUUCUUGCUGGUGAUGCCUGCCACACGCACUCGCCCAAGGCCGGUCAGGGUAUGAACACUGCCAUCAUUGACUCGCAGGCCUUGGCGUGGAGGAUCAAUUUGGUCGAGAAGGGACUCGCCGACCCUGACACCCUUCUUGGCACCUACCAUGACGAGCGACAUGCCACUGGAAAGCAACUCAUCGACUUCGACUCGGAGUACUCGGCGCUCUUCUCGGGAGAGGUGCCCAAGAACACGCCCGAGGUGGCGACCAUGACCGACGCCGAGAAGCGCGAGCACUUUAUCAACAUUCAGCGCCGAAACGCCGCCUUCACCACGGGGGCGGGUGUGCUCUACGCGGACAACGUGCUCAACCACCGUGAUCCUUCGCAGAAGCUGGGCGUCUCCAAGAUCACCGACAAGCUCGAGCCUGGCCGCAGGUUGCAGCCCGCGUGGGCUACUCGAUGGUCCAACUCGCAGCCGGUGCGCAUGAUCCACGAGAUCCAGUUCACGGCUCCCGGUGGAUUCCGCCUGUACGUCUGCGCGGGCGACCUGAGCAAGAACAUGCGCCACCUCGAGGCGUUUGCCAAGCACCUUGCCUCGCCUCACUCGUUCGUCAACCGAUUCCGCGCCAACCAGCGAGCGUUGCUGCUGCAGCACAAGGCGUACCACCAGCUGCCGACGUCGCUCAACACUGGUUUGGGUGAAGGAUUUGCGUCGGAGGCCAACCCGUUCUUCCACAUGCUCCUGAUCGUCAAGUCGCAGCGGUUCGACAUUGAGAUCGAGCAGAUCCAGCAUCUGGGUGCGCUCAAGAGCAUGCUGUACUGCGACGAUAUCGAGGCAGGGCAUGGUGCGUUCAAGGUGACGCUGGACGACCAGUUUGUUGGCGGACUGCACAGCAAGUGGGGCCUCGAGAAUGGCGGUAUCGUGGUGGUUCGACCGGAUGGAUACGUUGGAGCUAUUGCACCGAUCGACCAGGGACAGAGCGGUUUCGAGGCUGUGGAGAAGUACUUUGACGGAUUCUUGACACAUAGGCCCAUUGCUGGUGGUCAGAGGACAAGGUUGUAG